AUGGCCCCUGUGGCCGGGCAUGCGCCAGCACUGAUGCCUGCGCAGCCCGGGCAGUCCGUGCAGCCGCAGGUGCAAGUGCGCUACCAAAGUCCGGGACCGAUUCUCCACCCGUUGCAGCCCACCAUGGUCUCCCCCCGUGGCUACGUGGUGGCGCCCGCGGCGCCCACGUUGCCACCCACGCCGGAGGUCAUGCCGAGGCAUCGGCUGGUCAUGGCGCCGGGAUCACCGAGGGCGCAGACCAUGAGCGCGCAAAACCUGCAGACGGCAGAACCUGUUACGUCUCCCAUUGCCAAUCAUCGACUUAUCUUACAAAGUCACGGUUCCGUUCCGCUGAUUCAGAGCAUCUACAGCCCCUUGAGAGCUCCCGAGAUCAGCGAUCCGGGCAGUCAAGACUCCUUAGCUCAACAAGUGAAGGCGCUACAGGCCGCUCGGGCAUCUGCACCGCCCCUGAACUUGUCCCUGGAUCGUGGGCAGACUUCCCGCCAAUCCAUUGAGUCAUGGAGUCAGUUGGAGCUCCACCAUGGAGUCAACCGCGAAGCCUUACCGAGGUUUACACCGGUAUCCGUCAUCAGCUCAGCCGUGAUUGGCUCAACUUCAUAUGGUUUCCUCUUGACCGCUCAGUGGCUGGGCCGGCGAGCGUGGGAACUGUUCUACAUGCUGUCCGUUCUGAGUAGCAGCACGAUCAACCUCACAGAGGAACUGCACCGAACGCGUCAAGAUCUGAUCCUUUCGCGCUUCGAGGCUGCGGGGCUAGCGGAUGCCUUGGCCUUGAAGCGCACGCGCCUGGUGCAGCACUUGGAGAACUUCUGGGGGCUGCUGAAGCGACAUCAGGACAAGGUUCGCCUGAGCCGUGCCUUCCAGGCGCUCUCCCUGGCGCGGCAGCACGUCUGGCGCCGGCCGCCCAAAGAGGCGAACGGCGGGAACACCGGCAGCGUGGGCACGGAGGUACCCAGGGCAGUGAGUUCCGCGGCGUGGCGAUGGCUCUGGAAAAAGAAGGUCUUUGGCCAUUGGCGGCGCGGUGCUCAUCUGGCCCUGCGUGAAAGGCAUCGCGAGGAGCAUCACCAUCAGCUGACGCGCAGCCAAAACUCGGUGCUGGAGCUGCAAGGGAAUCUGGAACGGCUUCACGACCGACGGGUGGACACUGACGCCUUGCUGGUGUCGGAACGUGCGCGGUGCCGAAGUUUGGAAAAGGAACUGGCCCUGUGCCAAGAGCAGGUGAAGGAUUUACAACGGACACUCAAAGAGGCCUUUGUGCAGCAGUUCGACGCACAGCAGAGGCAAGAGGAGCUGGAAAGCCAUUUCAGUAAGCUGGCCAGUGAUUUUCGAGAACUGAAGGCGCAAAAGGAGCAGUUCGAGAGCGACUUGGCGAAGGCUCGGAGCGACCUGCAGGAGGCGCAUCAUGCGCAGGCGGAGAAAGAGCAGCGGCUCAUGGAGGCUUCCUCGGAAUUGUCUUUGGCAGAGGAGGUGAUAGAGGACAUCACAACCUCCAAGUUGGUUGGCUUGAGGAGAUUUUUCGAACACUAUGACCUUCCCGCAGUUUCGUUGAGUCUUUUCUGCAAGGUGGUGGAAUUGCAGCACCAUCUUCGCACCUCUUGGAAGGUCAAGGGCGAGCGUUUGUCAGCGCCUGGAGCAAUUGAGAAGGAGGUGCAGGAAUUCAGUACCCAACACCAAGUGUCCAGAAGAGGUCUACAAGCCUAUCUUGAAGGUCUCAACCUCACCGUUUCGGCCUCGAUGGUCUCCCAGGUCAUCUUGGCCCUACUAGGCCUCGACAGCCCCUCCGACUGCCAGCGUUUUGCAUCGCUGUUGCUGCAGCCGCCGCACUGGCAACAGGGUGACUUCGCCACUGCCCUCUGGGGCGCCGCAGCGGAACCUGCUGCCUCGUUGUUGGCGAAGCAUCGGAGUGCCAGGGGCAAGUGA